GCGCCGCAGUGAACCUAAAAUAACAAGAUAGCAGAACAGAUCUGAGGCAAAUCAAAACACACACGCACGCGCGGGCGCGCGCACGCGCACAGAGGGCACAGGUGGUGCUGACCGCAGUAACUUCCCCUCCGGCAGUAGAAUCUGAAUGAUAAUACAGCGCAGUUCCCUCCUAUUCAAACACUGCGAUCCUGUGGUGAAGCGUCAGCCAACGCCAACGCCAUCGGCCACCAACCGCCACCUGGACGACCACGAUGCGAAGUCCCGCCUCCAGCGCAGCACAGCGCCACCCAGAGGCCUGGUGCAGACCGACAGCCCAAACUUCCUCUGCAGCAGCCUGCCGCAGCACUGGAGGUGCAACAAGACGCUGCCGAGAGCCUUCACGGUGGUUGCCGUGGGAAACGACGUGCCGGAUGGCGUGGUGGUCACAGUGAUGGCUGGCAACGACGACAACAGCAGCGCCGAGCUACGCAACGCCACGGCGACCAUGAAGCAAGGCUACGCCCACUUCAAUGACCUUCGCUUCAUAGGCCGCAGUGGGAGAGGCAAGAGCUUCACACUUUCCAUCAAUGUGCUGACGUCGCCGCCUCAGAUCGCCACCGUGCACAGGGCCAUCAAGGUCACCGUGGACGGACAGCGGCUGCCGAGACGACAGAGGCAGAAGGACGGAAAGUUCGGAGUUUUGCGGUUACCUAGCAACAGCACUUCAUCGUCAGAUCUAAGAUCGUUUUCCUGUCGGUGGACCAAUGAGCCGUCGCUGCUGGCCUCCUCGUUCACUCCAAGUCCCAGAAUGCACCACCUGCCUUCUCUCUCUUACUCCACCCAGCCCACGGGGUACACCUCCUUCCUGUCCUCUCCUCCCCCCCCCGCGCUGAGCCACAGUGGUCCGUUCCAGCCGAGCAGCUUCUACUACGGGCCGAACCAAACGUACCAAACCGCGGGGGAGGAGCGCAACGCCGUCACAACUCUGGCCAAUUACAUUGAAGGGGCGUGUCUCCCAAUGAGGGGGGAGGAGCCUGUAUGGAGGCCAUAUUGAUGACAACUUUAAAUUAAAAAACGUUUUUGUUUGCCUUAACUUUUAUGUUUUUACUUGUUGGAUUUUUAAGGCACUAUUAUUCAUAGUUAAAUAUAUUCUGAUUGAUGAUGAUUUAAAAAAUAAAUCAA